AUGGAAACCAUUCUCAAAUACAUGCUGAAUUAUGAACUUUCAUCCCACAGAUUCAUUUUAAACAUGGCUUCCAACAAGAGACAGCUUGCGCUUUUUUCAGCCUUGAAUGCAGUUCUCGUGAGUUCUUCAACGUUGUUACAACUACUAAGUAUUUUGGUAUUGAAAUUUUUACAAGAACAGAGGAGGCUCAACAAUUUGAGAUAUCAAGCAGUUAUGGAGAGAAAUACAGCAUUGUCGAGGUACAGACGUGCAAGGUUGAGAUAUGUUAGAAGCAAGAGAAAAUGCUGGAUUAAACCUGGAAGAACUGAUAAAUGGUGGGAUAACUUGCACAUUGUUGGUAACAUGUGUGACGAUACUUGGUUACAAAACUUCAGAAUGACAAAACAACAAUUUAUGAAACUUGUCGAAUUAAUUAGACCUUACGCAAAGGAAAGGUCUUCACAAGUCCGCAAAGACGUAAUUCCGCUAGAAAAACGACUAGCUAUUACGCUUUAUUACUUGAAGGACCAAGGUUCUCUUUUGAUGAUUGGCAAUACAUUUGGCAUAGCAAAAAGUACGACAAGUGUUGUUGUACAUGAAAUAUGUGGCAUAUUAGCGAAAGAUAUCGCUUCUUUGUUGAUAAAAUUCCCAGUGGAAAAGGCUGAUGUGGAAAAGAUUUCCAGUAACUUCCUAAAACGAUUUGGAUUCCCUCAGGUGAUUGGUUGUGUUGAUGGCACACACAUCCCAAUAAAACAACCCUCAGAAAACUCUCAUGAUUACUUUUCCUACAAGAUGUAUUACUCGAUCAAUUGUCAAGCAAUAUGCGAUGCGAAUGGACAAUUCACGAAUGUCGAAAUUAAAUGGCCAGGCAGUGUUCAUGAUGCUAGAGUUUUUGCUAACUGCACGGUUCAGGAAAAGUAUCUUAAUGGAGAGUUUAAAUUAUUUUACAAGGAGAUCGUAGAGGAUGGUGAAUCCGUGCCACAGUUGCUUUUUGGAGAUCCUGCAUACCCUCUUUUACCACAUGUGAUGAAGGAGUUCGAUCAUUGCAUAUCGAAUGAACAAGUCAUAUUCAAUCAAAUGUUACGCUCCGCCCGUAACCAAAUAGAAUGCGCAUUUGGAAGGCUUAAAGCUAGGUGGAGAAUUUUAAAUCGCGCUAUGGAUCUGCAAGUGAAACAUGUUCCAAAUGCUAUACUAGCUUGUUUUGCAUUACACAACUUUUGCGAAAUCGAAAAAUCGUUUGUAGACCCGAAGGUCGUAGAGGAAUUGGCAUUGAAAGAACGCAGCCUUGAACCAGGGUUAGGGAUACUUUAG